AGCCACGGAUGCAGGCGAAACGUCAGGAGAGAAUGCUGCUAGAACACGGGCAUACAGCCCGGAAACCACACAGCACCUCAAUUAUCUGGAUGAAUUGCAGCAGCUUUUUGAUACGCUGUCAAUUGAUGCUGGAAUAAAAUUGCAGGGUGCCCCAUUUGCCUUGUAACACCCCCCCCUUCCUCUUGUAACCGCUGAAGGAGCAAACACGUGUAGGAGGAUGCCCCAGUGCCUGCAAGAAACAAGCGAAGCUUGAAAGGACAGAAAGCGAGCGAACCGGCUUGGUCCUCCCAGGACGCUGGGGGGCGAGAGAGAGGAGGCCCGCCGAGCCAGCCUUCGCUUUGCUUAUCCGGGAAGGCGGUUCUUCGCUCGCUUGCCUCCCAGUCUCGCCUUGCCGAUCCGGGAACAUGCCGUACGCCAACCAGCCCACGGUUCGCAUCUCGGAGCUCACCGACGAGAAUGUCAAGUUCAUCAUCGAAAACACCGAUCUUGCGGUUGCAAAUUCUAUCCGGAGGGUGUUCAUAGCUGAAGUUCCAACUAUCGCCAUUGACUGGGUACAGAUAGAUGCCAACUCCUCGGUGCUCCAUGAUGAAUUCAUUGCACACAGAUUGGGUCUGAUCCCCCUCACCAGCGAUGAUGUUGUUGAUAAACUGCAAUACUCCAGGGAUUGUACCUGCGAUGAGUUCUGUCCUGAGUGUUCAGUGGAGUUCACCCUUGAUGUCCGAUGUAAUGAAGACCAGACCCGCCAUGUUACAUCCCGGGACCUCAUCUCAAACAAUCCUCGAGUUAUUCCGGUGACAUCCCGGAGCAGAGAUAAUGACCCCAAUGACUAUGUUGAGCAGGAUGACAUCCUCAUCGUCAAGCUACGAAAAGGCCAGGAACUGAGGCUGCGGGCCUACGCAAAGAAGGGGUUUGGCAAAGAGCACGCCAAGUGGAACCCCACGGCAGGCGUGGCCUUCGAGUAUGACCCAGACAACGCCCUGAGGCACACAGUGUACCCGAAGCCAGAGGAAUGGCCCAAAAGUGAAUACUCCGAAAUCGAUGAAGACGAGGCUCAAGCUCCUUAUGAUCCCAACGGGAAGCCAGAGAGGUUUUAUUACAACGUAGAGUCCUGCGGCUCUCUUCGCCCCGAGACCAUCGUCCUCUCGGCCUUGUCUGGCUUGAAGAAGAAACUGAGCGACCUCCAAACCCAGCUGAGUCAAGAGAUCCAAAGUGACGUGCUGACUAUAAAUUGAUUCUGGUCCCUUUCUGGGCAGCUGUUACAUAAACAGAGGCAGUAUAAAUAAGACUGCUGACAUUGCGGGGAUGGGGGAGUAGCUGAGAUCCUUGAGUGUUGGAGCCACUUGCUUUCAAUCCUCUGGAGGAAUAUGAUGAAUGUUGCUCCCUCAAGCCGUACAUUUUUAAGUACUCCCAUAUGGAAACUGCUGUUUGCAAGCACAAGGAUCUGUUGUUCAGGCCAUUGAAAGGAAAGUGUGUUCCAUUCCCUCUGGAGGAUUCACUUUCUUGAUUACAGUGAACCUGGAAAUAAAUGCAAAACAGAUCCUCGUGUACACACAGACAUACUUCUUGUCCUCUGUCUUUCUCUGUGAUGGACUUGGGAUAAACAGCCUCUACAUGGCAGCUGCCCACGUUAUGUAAUUGAAGUUUGCUAACUAUUUUUGUUUGUUGUUGAACUGAAUAAAAGCCUUUUCCCUGGCUA